UUAGCGUAUCGGUCUCUCCACAUCAAAGAAAAAAAGUAUUGGUCUGUCCGUUUACUUUGACUGAGGAACUACAACUACUACUGCCUGCCCCUCCAAGAUUACUACAAUAACCACGAAUCAGUCAGUGUUUCACCGCUUCACAAAAUCGACGUUGGUUCGCCAUUUUCUGGAUUACGUGCAUACAACAAAUUCUUCAUACUUGUAUAUGUGAAAUUAACACGCUUGAAUUGUACAAGACGCAGUACAGUUCGAUUUUUUCUUGCAUUUGCAAUAAGAAAUGGACAGUCAUUCGCCUUUUCCACGCACGAGGAAUCAGAACACUGCGUUUAGCUACCAGAAGGUAGCUGAUUCUCCGAGAUCGUAUACCGGCGAUUUCGAUUUUGGAGAAAGCGCAGAUCGCCGAUUUGCGUUCUCUCGCCAAGUGUCGAUGCGUCAGAACGAGGCUCACACUCCGCAACCUAUGCUUUCGCGCAGCGUGUCGAGCAUAGAUAUAGCGCCGGCCAGUUAUUAUCCAGAUUACUCCAAGGGAUUUGAUGAGAAAUUUUCUGGGUUUUCGUUUGUUCCGUUGAUUUUGGGGGGAUUAAGGUCUGGAAACAGGAAUAUGAGGCGUUUGUUCGUGUUGAUUUCGCUUAAUGUAGCGUAUUCGACUGCUGAAUUGGUUAUUGGGCUUUUCUCUGGACGUGUUGGCUUGGUGUCAGAUGCAUUUCAUUUAACAUUCGGCUGUGGCCUCCUAUCGUUUUCAUUGUUCGCAAUUGCUGCUUCUCGUCAGAAGCCUGAUCGUGCAUACACAUAUGGGUACGGAAGGCUAGAAGUUUUAGCUGCCUUUACCAAUGCUCUAUUUCUCUUAUUCCUGUCUUUCUCCUUAGCUGUCGAAGCACUUCAUGCCUUCAUACAAGACGAAUCUGAGCACAAGCAUUACCUGAUCGUCUCAGCUGUCACGAAUUUGCUUGUAAAUCUUAUUGGUGUUUGGUUCUUCAGGAAUUAUGCCCGAAUCAAUCUUGUUUACAGAAAAGCUGAAGAUAUGAACUACCACUCUGUUUGCUUACAUGUCCUAGCAGAUUCGAUCCGGAGUGCAGGGUUAAUCCUAGCGUCCUGGUUGCUUAGCCUUGGGGUUAAAAAUGCUGAAGUGUUGUGCUUGGGACUAGUUUCUGCUACAGUUUUUAUGCUUGUCAUGCCACUUUUUAAAGCCACAGGGGGUAUUUUGCUCAAAUGCUGGAGACAGAUAAGUUCCCGCGAAGAUAUUGGAGAGGUUUCUCAGGCUCGUUUUUGGGAAUUGGUGCCAGGUCAUGUUGUUGGAUCAAUUUCACUACAGGUGAAGCAGGGAAUGGAUGAUUACCCGAUACUCCAAUAUGUCCAUGGCAUGUACCAUGACCUCGGGAUACAAGAUUUGACAGUACAAACGGAUUACGCAUGAUCCACACUUCCUUAUUUCGACAACUUUCGAAGCCUCAUUAAAUAACCAAUACAUAUGCUAGUCUUCUAUGUUGAAUAUGAGGAUCUGAAGAGCAGUAUACAACUGUGGAAAACUGAACUCGGUACACAACAGAAGUAGCAGGACUAGAUUUCUUUAUUGUUUUUAGUUUCUGCUUCUUGUAAGUAUUGAAAAUUUUUUACCUUUCAAAAUAUUGAUUCUGGAGGCAGUGUCAUCUGUGACUGACACGACACUAGAGUAGGAUUAUAGAACAAAUUUUAUAUCUCUAUGAUUCUUCGCUUUUCUUUGGAUGGUAAAAUUUCCAUGGCUGUUCACUACGAAAAAUAUCUGGCCCAGCAGACACUAAGAGAAAAAUGGCCACCGACAGAAUAUUAUGAUAAUUGACAAUCAUUCCCUGUAUACUGGUGUAAGCACAAGUACUUCCCUUUCAAGAAUAAGAAAGAUGAUGAAAAAAACAACUUGCCAGAUCAGAAUAAAACUCACUUUUCAUCAUCAUCAUUCUCUUCGAAACAUAGCUACUAGCUUAAACUAUCAACUCUCACAAUUUUUCUAUGGUAACCCAAACGCACAACUAUGUUUAUUACAGAAGAUUUCCCGUGUUAGUAGUUUCUACAACUUAUUUAUAAGACAUUUACAACAGCAUCUAGUCCACAUUCGCUAAAUUUUAUUACAGAA